UCGCACUGAUUACAGCUUUACCUGCUCAGGUGAAGGAAAACAAUAACAAGCAAAACCUUGAUCAAGAAUUUGGUAGCGAUAAACGUGAUCGAUUUUGGGUGGACAUUUUAAGAAUGGCGAAUCACCAACACAGCGAAGAGCAGAUUGAAGUCUGGCGGGAAUCGUUUGAUAUUUUUGACAAAAACAAAGAUGGCCACAUCAGUCUGCAUGAGCUGGACACGGUAGUACGUAGCCUGGGUCUCAAUCCCUCCAUGAAGAAUCUUCGGACGUUUAUCAAGGAAAUUGACCAAAAUCAGGACGGCAAAAUACAGUUUGAAGAUUUCAAAAUUUUGAUGUCGAAAUUUUACGUGUCACAAUCACCAGAGGAGCAACAGAAAGACAUAGAGGGCGCUUUCAAAAUAUUUGAUAAGGAUGGUAACGGUAUGAUCGAAAAGUCGGAACUUUUAAGAGUAGCCACGACGAUGGGGGAACCGCUCACUGACGAAGAAGCCGAACAGAUGAUCAAAAUAGCAGACACCAAUAACGAUGGUUUAAUCAAUUACAAAGAAUUUUCGAGAUUCAUCACACGACCAGUCCUAAAUAGCAAUACACUUGGGCAAUAAGUCGGAAUGACUAUAGGAUGGUGCAGUUAGGUUUUUGCAGCAAGAGAUCUCUAUUUUUGCAACAUUUGAUAUUAAUACAACAAUUGACACAGUCCAUCAGGGACACUCGAUGCAUAAGAUCUGUGGAAAAAAUCAAACGUAACCUAUAGCGUUAGAUGAUAUACUAGUAUGUGUAGAUCAUUAUUAAUUACUUAUCGAGGUGGACUAAUGGUGCUGGAGUGUCAACCCUCACGAGGUAGUUACGGCUUUAACACAAUAACUUAUGACUUGGAAGACUCAGAUCUGAAAAGAAUUUGACGUUGGAAAGGAAGGUAUUUGAACAUUUCUCCUAGAGUUCGUUUUGGCGUACCAUUUGUCGCUCGUUGGAAUCCACAUUAACCAGCCUGAAUCAUUUUGUGCUUGCUAUAUUUUUUGAUCAUUUCAGUGCAUUAUCAUUGUGACAAGUUCGAUUAUAUUUCCGGAUAUUUAGUGUAAACAAGAAUUUGAUGGGGGUAGAACGUUUAGAUAUAAAACUUGAUUUUAACGGGAAUAGUGUGUGCUUGAUUUCAUAAAACGAAAGGUUAGGAUAAAGGGCCCUUGUGACCUCCAUUUUCAUUUAAAUUUAGAAAUAGACUUAAGUGUGAUUAAAACACUGUAACUUGUUUCGAGAUAUGCCUUAGUAAGAUAUUUAUAAUCACGAUCAGAAUGUGAGAGUCUAAAUCCACAAUUUUGUCACAGAUGUUAAAAGUGAUACUCGGUUUCAGACAUUUUUGUCCUUGACGAUUUUCUCAAAAUGGGGGUCAUAUACAGCUGUACAUGCGAGACCUUUAUCAUACAUGUAUCUUCUCUUUUCACUGUAUGAGUGCAUUUAUAAUGAUGUAGAAUUGUAUUUUACUUCAUAUAGAUUUUAUUGAAGUUUAUAAGUGCAUUUCUUAGGGUUACAUUUAAUUUCAUCUUUCGUCGUACAUUUACGAAAUAAGAUGUGAUAGAAUGACUCCAAAUACAAAGAAUUUGGUGUAAAAUAUUGAUUUAUCUAAUAAAUGUACAUUUAAAAA